GCCGCCUCGGCAGGGAAGCGAUGUAGGAGCCGCCAGGCCGUCCCCGUCCUGCCCGGCCCGAGCCCCGCGGCCGCCGCCGACGCCGCCACCAUGAAGAAGCAGUUCAACCGCAUGAAGCAGCUGGCCAACCAGACCGUGGGCAGAGCCGAGAAAACGGAAGUCCUCAGUGAAGAUCUGUUACAGAUUGAGCGGCGCCUGGACACGGUGCGCUCCAUGUGUCACCAUUCCCACAAGCGCCUGAUGGCCUGCUUCCAGGGCCAGCACGGCACCGACACCGAGAGGAGACACAAAAAACUCCCUCUGACAGCUCUCGCUCAGAAUAUGCAAGAAGCAUCGACUCAGCUGGAAGACUCUCUCCUGGGGAAGAUGCUGGAGACAUGUGGGGAUGCUGAGAAUCAGCUGGCUCUGGAACUCUCUCAGCACGAAGUCUUUGUCGAGAAGGAGAUCGUGGACCCCCUGUAUGGCAUAGCAGAGGUGGAGAUUCCCAACAUCCAGAAACAGAGGAAGCAGCUUGCCAAGUUAGUGUUAGACUGGGACUCGGUCAGAGCCAGGUGGAACCAGGCUCACAAAUCUUCAGGAACCAACUUUCAGGGGCUUCCAUCAAAAAUAGAUACCAUAAAGGAAGAGAUGGAUGAAGCUGGAAAUAAAGUAGAACAGUGCAAGGAUCAACUUGCAGCGGAUAUGUACAACUUUAUGGCCAAAGAAGGGGAGUAUGGCAAAUUCUUUGUUACGUUAUUAGAAGCUCAAGCAGAUUACCAUAGAAAAGCAUUAGCAGUCUUAGAAAAGGCCCUUCCCGAAUUGCGAGCCCAUCAAGAUAAGUGGGCAGAGAAGCCCGCCUUCGGGACGCCUUUGGAAGAACACCUGAAGCGGAGCGGGCGCGAGAUCGCGCUGCCCAUCGAGGCCUGCGUCAUGUUGCUCCUGGAGACGGGCAUGAAGGAGGAGGGCCUUUUCCGAAUUGGGGCUGGGGCCUCCAAGUUAAAGAAACUGAAAGCUGCUUUAGACUGUUCUACAUCUCACCUGGAUGAGUUCUACUCAGACCCCCACGCUGUAGCAGGUGCUUUAAAGUCCUAUUUACGGGAACUGCCUGAACCUUUGAUGACUUUUACUUUGUAUGAAGAAUGGACACAAGUUGCCAGUGUACAGGAUCAAGACAAGAAACUUCAGGAUUUAUGGAGAACAUGUCAGAAGCUGCCACCACAAAAUUUUGUUAACUUUAGGUAUUUAAUCAAGUUCCUUGCCAAGCUUGCUCAGACCAGCGACAUUAAUAAAAUGACUCCCAGCAACAUUGCAAUCGUGUUAGGCCCUAACUUGUUAUGGGCCAAAAAUGAAGGAACGCUAGCCGAGAUGGCAGCGGCCACAUCCGUGCACGUGGUUGCCGUCAUUGAACCCAUCAUUCAGCACGCCAACUGGUUCUUCCCCGAAGAGGUGGAAUUUAACGUCUCAGAAGCGUUCGUACCUCUCACCACCCCAAAUUCCAAUCACUCGUCCCACACUGGAAAUGACUCGGGCGACUCGGGGACCCUGGAGAGGAAGCGGCCUGCCAGCAUGGCGGUGAUGGAGGGCGACCUGGUGAAGAAGGAGAGCUUUGGUGUGAAGCUUAUGGACUUCCAGGCCCACCGGCGGGGUGGCACCCUAAAUAGAAAGCACAUAUCCCCUGCUUUCCAGCCGCCACUCCCGCCCACGGAUGGCAGCACCUUGGCUCCAGCGGGCCCAGAGCCCCCUCCCCAGAGCUCUAGGGCCGAAAGCAGCACAGGGGGUGGGACGGUCCCCUCCUCUGCGGGCACACUGGAGCAGGGGCCCAGCCCAGGCGACAGCAGAAAACAACAUUCGUUUGCACUCUUUAUCAUACUGCUUUGGGGCUGGAAGCCGGAAGCCGAUAGCCCUUCAAAGCCCAAGGACUCAGCGGCUGCCCCUGCCCCCGGGAGAAACAGCAGUCAGGUGGCCCCCAGCCAAAGCCAGGCCCAGGCCACUGCCGGCUCCCAUCAGCUCUCUGCGGGACCCGCGCACAAUUCCGCCGGCCCGAGCCCUCACACGGUGCGCCGAGCUGUUAAAAAACCUGCUCCAGCACCCCCGAAACCAGGAAACCCGCCUCCCGGCCAUCCCGGGGGCCAGAGUUCUCCAGGAGCAUCUCAGCAUCCUCCCAGCCUGUCACCAAAGCCGUCCACCCGAAGCCCUUCUCCCCCCACUCAGCCACCAGCGCAGGCCCCAAGCCAGCCCUCUGCCACUUCGCAGCUCUCCGCACCCCGGAGAUACUCCAGCAGCCUGCCUCCGAUCCAAGCCCCCAGCCACCCGCCGCCGCAGCCCCCCACGCAGGCCACGCCUCCGCCGGCGCUCGCCAAGCCGGGCAGCCAGGGCCCGCCCGCCCCCGGGGCCCUGCCCGGUGAGCCUGGACUUGAGCAGUCGUCCCACACCCCUCCCCAGACGCCGACGCCCCCCAGCACUCCGCCCCUGGGAAAACAGCACCCCGGCCAGGCGGUGAGUAACCCCGAGACCGCGCAGCCACACGCUGGAACAUUGCCGAGACCGAGACCAGUACCAAAGCCGAGGAACCGGCCCAGCAUGCCCCCACCCCCGCAUCCGCCUGGCGCCCAGCCCGCCGGGGAUGGCAGCCUCAGCAUCGCAGCUCCCACCGCCUCCAAGAUAGUCACAGACGCCAAUUCUAGGGUUUCAGAACCGCUUCGCAGCAUCUUUCCUGAAAUGCAUUCAGACUCAGCCAGCAAAGACCUGCCCGGCCGCAUUCUGUUGGACAUGGACAAUGAUACAGAAAGUACUGCCCUGUGAAGAAAGCCACCCGCCCCCAUCCUGACCCCUUCCACCCUGGCGAGUGGAACAGGGGCAAGGCAGACGUUAAUCUUCGCAGACCAAACAGUGAGAAGCUUUCAGUGGAGGGAAGGAGAAGGCCUCACCACGCAGGACAUGGCCUUCUCACAGCCCGAGGAGAGAGCUGAGGCUGCCACUUAAAGCUGAAUGACCUGUGUCUUGAAGAAGUUGGCUUUCUUCACCUGGGAAAGGAUCAUGCCCAAAAAAAGAAAAAAAGAAAAAAAAAAAUGUUUUUUCUUUCAAAGAAAGAAAAAAGAAAUACCUACAGCAGAAAGAGUCUCAUCGCCAAGGCGUGGGUAGGAAGCUUUUGUCACUGCUAUUCAUGCAGGCAGCGCCGUCAGCAAUUUGGAAUGAAUAAAAAGCAAUGCGUUAACUACCUAUUUAAUAAAGUACAUCCAGUACGCAAGUUGCCCACUUCCUGCUGCUUGGACUUUCGUUCUUCUAUAUCACAAGGGAGGUUCCUCUCCUUCAGACAUGCUGCAGAAUCAUUUUGUAUGAAGUGUGGUCUGUGUCUCCCCAUCCCCCCCAGAACCACGAGCAUUGGUGGUGACUGCUGGAUCCGUCACCCCAGCAAACUGGAUUGCCUUGUGCCUUGUUGGAUUGCCAGAAUGCAGACAGAAAUGUACUGUUCUUCUUUUUUUUUUUUUAAACAAUGUAAUUGCUACUUGAUAAGGACCGAACGUUAUUCUAGUUUCAUGUUUAAUUUGAAUUAAAUAUAUUCUGUGGUUUAUAUGAAAA